GAUAAGUCGAUAAACCCUCUCAUCUCCUCAGUUUUGGAACAAGAAGAAGAAGGUGGCCCAAAAAACAGAGCAAGAAGCAGGGCUCCUCUCUCUCUUUCUUGAGUUUUUCUCCCAUCGGUUCCAGGUUUGUUUGGAAGAAAAUUCGAAGCGUCUUAUAGUGAACUGAGAAUUACAAAAGAAGAAGAAUUGCAGGAUUUGAUCCAUCAUGGAGUCCAAGCAGGAUGAAGUUUUCCACGAUAAGGAUGAACAGAAGACAAGAAACAAAGUAUCUGCGUCCAAUAUCUCUAAGGUUGAUGGGAAAGAUGUGUUGCAACCGUUCUCUAGUUUCCCAGAUAAUAAAGUGCGAGCUAAUGUGACUGAUUGGAAACGUGGAGAAAAUAUUGCACAUGAUGCAUCUUCUGCAGAUAUAGAUGCCUCUGCUGAAGUGAACAUGGAGGCAUCAAUAACAGCUGAGGAUGUCAUGCGGGCUGGAGGCUUCGGUGCUAGAGAUGAUAUAAGUAGUUUUCUUCCUGUUGCAAGUGACUCUACUGACUUUGAAGCUGCAAUACGUGACGCUAGAGGCUAUGAAGAACCACAGGGGGAUAUCUGCAGACCAGGUCUUGGCUGGAAAGAAGCUAGAGAAACAAAAUAACUGUGUUGUUGCUACAAGCCACCAUAUAUGUAAGUUUGUUGCACUUAAGAUUUUGCUAGUUUUUGCUUGUAGUACUAAAGGAUCAAUGUAUGCAGACUAUGGUAUCAUAAAUUUGGCUGUAUGUCAAUUUCAGGUUUUCAUCUUUUUAUUUUGUAAA